UAGCUAUUGGGAUUUUGCAAGCUGCGCAGCUGCCUAUUGUUUAGCAUAACAAUUUAUUGAACAAUUUUUAUAAAAAUAACAAACUAAAAUGUUGAAGCAAGUAACCAAGCAAUUGGCACUGCAAGGCGUGCGCAACUUUUCGGUCAGCCAACAGAACAACUAUAAGGUGACCGUAUGCGGCGCCUCCGGCGGCAUUGGCCAGCCGCUGUCGCUGCUGCUGAAGCAAAAUCCCCUCGUUACGGAUCUGUCGCUCUACGAUAUUGUGCACACGCCCGGCGUUGCCGCCGAUUUGUCUCACAUCGAUACCAAGAGCAAGACGGUGGGAUUCAUGGGCGCCGAUCAAUUGGGCGCUUCCCUGAAGGGUUCCGAUGUUGUUGUCAUCCCUGCUGGUGUGCCCCGCAAGCCUGGCAUGACUCGCGAUGAUCUGUUCAAUGUGAAUGCCGGCAUCAUUAAGGAUAUUUCCAAUGCGAUUGCCAAGAACUGCCCCAAGGCUCUGGUGGCCAUUAUCACGAAUCCCGUCAACACCUGUGUGCCAAUUGCUGCCGAGAUUCUAAAGAAGGCUGGCGUUUACGAUCCCAAGCGUCUGUUUGGCGUUUCCACCUUGGACGUGGUGCGUGCUCGUGCCUUUAUUGGCCACGCCCUCGGCGUUGAUCCCCAGAGCGUGCAGAUACCCGUUAUUGGCGGCCACUCCGGUGUCACCAUUCUGCCGGUACUGUCGCAAAGCCAGCCUCAGUUCAAGGGCAACCAGGAUGCCAUCGAGAAGCUGACCGUACGCAUUCAGGAGGCCGGCACCGAGGUGGUUAAGGCAAAGGCUGGCGCCGGAUCUGCCACCCUGUCGAUGGCCUACGCUGGCGCUCGUUUUGCCGGCUCCCUGCUCAAGGGACUCAACGGCGAUAAGAACGUCAUCGAGUGCUCGUACGUGCAGUCCAAUAUCACGGAGGCGACAUUCUUCUCCACGCCCCUGGUGUUGGGCAAGGCUGGUCUGCAGGAGAACCUGGGACUGCCCAAGUUGAACGACUAUGAGAAGAAGCUGCUGGAGGCUGCCAUUCCCGAGCUGAAGAAGAACAUCCAGAAGGGCAUCGACUUUGCCAAUGCUUAAGCUGCUAUCCACUAGCCAGUCAAUCAGUAGUUCAGUCAAUCAAUCAAUCAGCCCCCCAAUUGUUUCCAUCAUUAGUUAUCAUUUAGCCUUCAUGCGUGCAUUGGUUACUUACUUAGCAAAUUUGGUCGUUUUAAGUUGAAAAGUGUAAAGCAUUCGUGUGUCCAAAGAUUAAACAGCCAUGUGCUCAUCAUCCUUAUAAA